GUUGGUCGCUGCAACAUUUGCAAUACCCCUAUAUUCCUCUCUACUGGGCGAUUUCCACCUAUCAACUUCUGACUCUUCCUCUCCAAGGAGACAGCUCAAGGAAACCUCUAUUGCCUUCGCCGUCAACAUUGCUGAGGAAACUUCUGUCUCCUUCUUCUCCUUCGGCGUCAGCAUUGCCGCCGACAGAAACUGAUUAUUUCACCUUAGAAACCGCGACUGUCUCUUCCCGCUGCUUCUGGUUUCUCUGAUUUCAUCCUUCUAAGCCAUCAACGUUGUCGUCGACGGCAACAGUAUCUUUCAUCACGGGGAACAGAAUUUAGCGACUCAAAACUCUUCUAGGAGUUUACGCUUCAGGUUUAAAUCCAGCAACCAAGCAAUACAUGAACUUCCGGUGAGCUAUGGUGCUAGCUAGACGUGCAAAAAUUGUUGGCAAUCUCCUUUGGAGAGCUGUACAAGAUUCUGGCUUUAAGCAGCCGAGUGAUGUAAAUAAGCAUUCUUGUCAAUGCUAUGUGACUGUGCCUGAAAGCUCUGAGUUGCCAAAAAAACUGAAGACGUCUGAGAGAAAGCCACUGGUGAGAAGUAUUAAUGAACUGAAGCGUGAAGCUAGACAGAAAAAGAAAGAUAGGCAAAAGGUGCAUGAGAUUAUACUAGAACCUCCUGAGAAUGGCAUGUUGGUGAAGCAAUUAAUUCCUGUUGCACAUGAAGUCUGUGCUGCCAGACAUGAACUUUUAUCUAUUGUUUCGAGGCUUGUCAAGCACAUUGCUAUUUAUACAUGCAGCUUGUGUGGAGAAGCCCAUGUUGGUCAUCCGCCACAUAAAAUAAAAUCAUGUAAUGUCAGAGGAAGCUUAUCCAGCAAACAGCAUAGCUGGGUCAGAGGAGGUGUUGAACAUAUUUUGCCAACUGUAGAGUCAUUCCAUCUCUAUGACAGAGUAGGCAGGGCAGUUUCACAUAAUGAAAUGCUCCAAGUGGAUCGAAUUCCUGCAAUUGUUGAACUGUGUGUCCAGGCAGGUGUUGACAUACCUGAAUACCCCACCAGGAGAAGGGCGUUUCCUGUUUACUGCUUGGCUGGUAGGAUAAUUGAUUUUGAGAAAAGGUUUCCCAAAGAUAUUUCUCCUACCGAACACAUAGAUGCAAGUGGGUUUUGGCAUGAAAUAAAGAGGGUAAAUAGAGGUGUGAAUUCGAUGGAAUUGUAUUAUAAUGAUAUCCAAGGCUUUGGUGCACCUUUGGCUGUAAAAGGACUGAAAGCCUGGGAGAAAAUGUGUACAGGAGCUUCAAAACUUAUGGAGAAGUUUGCUGUCCAAACUUGUGGAUAUUGUCCAGAGGUGCAAGUAGGGCCUAAAGGUCAUAGAGUUCGAAAUUGUCAAGCCUUCAAACACCAGAUGAGGGAUGGGCAACAUGCUUGGCAGGAGGCUACAAUCAAUGAUUUGGUACCUCCAGUAUAUGUCUAUCAUAUUCAAGAUCCGCAAUCUAAUGAACCUUUGGUAAACGGGUUGAAGAGGUAUUAUGGAAUGUUGCCUGCAGUGGUUGAGCUAUUUGCGCAGGCUGGGGCACCAGUGGGAAAGAAAUAUGGCAGUACAAUGAGGAAAGAUGUUGUGAUCCCUAAACUGGAUGAGGCAAAGUGGGUUGUUUAAAAUGAUGAAUUGAAUAGCUUGCAGUCCAGGGAGGGGGCCUUUCAGGUUGAGAGAGAGUGGAUAUGUCUGAGAUAAUGAGUCAGGCAUGAGGUUGGAGGAAAAUGAGAAAGGUAGGUUGAACUUUCUUGUGAUUGCUGACAAGUAAAUUUUGCAGUUUUGGUUGCGUGGAGCCUACGUCUUCCUUGCAUGGAACUCAAUGUUCCCUCUUUUCCCCCCGUGCUCUUCAGUGAAGGAGACACCAUAAAAUGCACAUCUGGAAACCACCAAAUUUAGCUGGCGACUUGGUUUUACUUCGUUAUGUUAUCCACUACUUCUAAAAUGCCAGAUUCUGUUGUGGAAGGGUCUCUCCGAAUCUCUCAUGUAAAUGCUGGCAAGCAAUCAAUUUUAGUUCUUGAUUUGAGCAAAAUCGGGAUAUCUUUUCCUGAGGUAUUUCUAUGUUGCUUUUAAUGAUAUGUGGUUCUGAUUCAGAAGGAUUCUUGUUAUACUAACUAAACACCUUAAUAUAAAACCCAGUUGAU